AUGACUGAGGCAGGCACGUUAGCAACGUUCAAACGCUACUACAUCGAUGGGAGAGGCUUGGAGAGCUUUGGGCCCAACUCCCGCCUGCCCGGUGCGGCGUCCCCCGCCCUGUCCCGGGACGGUCCCGCCCUCCGCCAGUGUUCCUGGGACAUGCUGUAUCGCUGCUGCCAGGCGCUCUCCUCCUCACGCCCCGGGGACAUGGAGGGAGCGGAGGCGCCUCGGGAGCCCGAGCCCGAGUCCGAGUCCGAGUGCGCCGUGUGCCGCUCGCCGUGCCCGGACGCCGGCACCCUCCCCUGUGGCCACCGCCUCUGCUCCGAGUGCGGCCGCUACUUCGGCACCGAGCUGCGGACGGAGGUGGAAUGUCCCCGCGGUCACAGCGACCGGAGAACCCCGGCCGGAGCCAAGGCGCCGUCCGCCCCCGAAGCCCAGUUCCCCGCUGCCGGAGGGCAGCCGCGGGAGGCGGACGGAGACCGGGGACUGUGCAGCGAGCACGGGCGGCCGCUGCAGUUCUACUGCGAGGAGGACGGCGAGUGUGUGUGCGGCCCCUGUACCGCCACGGGCAGGCACACGGUCCACACCCUGGUCAGUCUGGAGACGGCGCGGGCGAACAUCAAGGGCAAGUUGCUCAGCCAGGUGAAGACUCUUUUCCAAACUCAACAGAACUGUCACUUCAAGUACCAAGAUCUGAAAAAGUCCGAAAAUGAAAUUAAGACGCAGAUCGCGCGGCUGAAAGGAAACCUGUCCAAGAAGUUUGCUGAGUGGCGGAGGAGCCUGGAGGAGGGGGAGUCGUCCUUGCUGGUGAAGGUGGACGAGGAGGGGGACCGCUUGCUGGCCAGCACUUCCAAGUGCUCUGAGAUGCUGGACCAGAAGAUGGAUCUGAUUCAGCAGAUCGACGACAGGGCCCAGGACCUGUCCCAGGCAGAACCUCUGGUCUUCAUCCAGGAUGCGAAAGAGCUCCUUUCUAAGGCCUUGGAGAUCCGAGAACAGAAAGUUCCGACCCUGUCCAAGGACACACUGAACAUGAAACUGAUAGCGGAACAUGCCAAGGAGCUGGUUGAUAAGGCCAUGGUCUACCACUCAGUGAUAACGACCAUCAUCGGUGAAUGGGCACGCCUCACUUUGGACCCCAGGACGGCCUACUGGUUUCUGACCAUCUCGGAAGACGCGCGGUCGCUGGCGUUCGGGUACGACCUGCAGCCCUACCCGUCUAAUCCCGAGAGGUUUCGUACUCACCGGCAGAUCCUCUGCUGUCAGAGUUUCUCGUCGGGCUACCACACCUGGCUGGUGGAGGCCGAGGGCAUCGCCUGGGGCAUCGGGGUGGCCUACGGCAGCAUCCCGCGGGAGGGCCACGGCUCCGACCUGACCGACAGUGAUAAAGCUUGGUGCCUCCACUUCAGCCACGGCUCCCUGACCGCCAGCCACCAUGGCAACCACACCAACAUUGUCAGCGACCCCUCCCACAGCAGGUUUCAAGUGGAGCUGGACUACGAGGCCGGUAGCCUCGCCUUCUACCAGGUCAAUGACGCCCCCAAACACUUGUACACAUUCCAAACCACCUUCACCGAGCCCGUGUUCCCAGCGUUCUCCUGCUUCUAUAUCUCCUCGCUGCGGAUCUGCUAA